AAGACUAUAACUUUGCGAAAAGAAGACGUAUGUUACAGAAUACCAAAAAAAUGGUCUGCACUGCUACAAUAUUUAUAUCGCACAUAAUCAGCUAUCCGGAGUUUAAGAUUACACAGAACACACAAAAGCGAAAAGCAACAUUGUCUUUGAAACUUCGCAAUGCUAUACAACAUAGUAGUGAAACAGUAAAAGGCAUCCAUGGAUAUGUUACUGAAUUACCUGUGGUUUCCGAACAUAUAAACCAUGAAAGUACUGGAGAGUUGGCAAACAUAAGGGAAAAGGUGGAUCCGAGAGUGCAUGAAAAAAUCAUUAAUUUCUACAGGAGUGGUGUUAGGACAGUAAAUGAAAUUCUUAGGCACACGGAUACAUUUGUAAAAGAACUUUUCCCAUCAUCUGAACUUCCAGAGGAGAGCCGGAGAAGGUUUUAUUCAACUCAAAAGGAUAUUACCAAUUUAUUGAGCAGAUCCAGACAAGAAGGGCGUAAUUCUGUGUUAGAUCAGGCACAAUUAUUGGAUCAGCUUAAUGUAUGGAAGGUAGAUACACCAGACCUCAAUUAUUAUUGCCGGCUGAGUACAAUGCCAGAUGAUCUCAGCAAUCCAGAAACAUUUUUAUUUGCUUACCAGACCGCAUGGCAGAAAAAAAUCUUACAAAGAUAUGGAAACCAAAUUGUUUUCUUAGAUGCAACGUAUCGAACCACAAGAUAUGCACUACCACUGUUUUUCCUAUGUGUACGGACAAAUGUGUGCUACGUUGUUGCUGGUACUUUUGUAACUCAAAAUGAAACAGCAGCAAGCAUACAGGAGGCACUGGAAAUAUUUAAAUCCUGGAACGAGGCAUGGAAUCCAAAUUGCUUCUUGGUAGAUUUUUGCCUUGAGGAAAUAAAUGCAAUCUCAAGAACAUUUCAAGAUGCAAAAAUACUGCUUUGCAACUUCCACCGUGAAAAAGCCUGGACUGAAUGGGUGAACAAACGAGAUCAUGGGGUAUAUGAGAGUCGCAAAACUGUGCGGAACAUGUUACGUAGAAUUGCAUUUGCCUCAUCUGUCGAAGAUUAUAACAUGGCAUUGCAAACUUUAACUCAUUCAAAUAUUUGGAAAAAAACAAACUCAUUAAGGAAGUGGUUUUCACACAAAUGGAUGCCUCAUAUAAAGAAAUGGCCACAUCUCCAUCGAACUUCAGAAAUGUUAAUUGCAAUCCACACAAACAAUGGGCUGGAAAGACAAAACAAAAUAUUAAAUCUAAAUUAUCUAGAGGGCUACAAGAACUGCAUGCUUGUAGAAAUGAUUACUGUGCUACAUUCAAAGUUUUUCCCAAACACCUAUAAAAAAGUGGAAACUACAUUGUCUGAUAAAGCUCUUCUAGACCACAUCUGCCUUUCAACCACCAAACCGAUAGAUGAACAAUCUCUGGACAGGAAUGAAAGAGUGGCCCCUAAUGGGGAAGAUCUUCCUGCACUGGAAGGGACCAAGGAAGUUCUACAGUUAAUCUCAUUAGGCUUGAGAACCAGGAUCUCUUUGGCCAUUUUAGAGUCAUCAUAA